UGUUUGGGAUAAUUGACAGAGAUAUUGUUCUUCCCCUCCCUGGCAUCUUGUGGAAUUGGACACAAACUGGAAUAUAUUUCAGUGAUCCUCGGGAGUCUUGUACAUCAGUGGAGAGAAGAGAGAGCUUUUGCAGAGGGAUACAGAGCGGAGGAAGAGGAGGGCAGAGGCGUGCUGGAUGGGGGCCACAGCCGGGCCUGAUGGCAGGAGCCCAGAACACAGUGAGCUCUAAUCACGUCCUCUAGAAACCGCUGAGGUGCUACAGUUCACGUGGAGACACUGAAAAGGUGGUGUGCCCAUGAGGUCGUCCAUGCUGGUCCUGUUCCUCCUCUUCAGUGCCCAGGCUGUGGCCGCCAUCGGAGGAGCAGCACAGCAGCAGGGUCCAGGCAAUAACUCCAACUCCAUUCCCUCAGUGGACCCGAAACUCUUCACCAAGCGCCGCUACCUCUCACCCCGAGUGCUCUUCAGCGCUCAGCCGCCUGAUGCAGAGCCAGCGGAGUCCCAGGGUGCCGGCAGGAGGCCCCGUAGGGCAGCGGGGCAGCCUCAGCACCGUGGAGUUUACUCAGUGUGUGACAGCAUCAGCGUCUGGGUGGGCAACAAGACCAAAGCCACAGACAUCUCAGGCAACGAGGUGACAGUGCUGCCAGACGUGAACAUCAACAAUGUCAACAAGAAGCAGUACUUCUUUGAGACGACGUGUCACAGCGCCCGCUCUGGCAACUCCGGCUGUUUGGGAAUCGACGCCAGACACUGGAACUCCUACUGCACCAACUCACACACUUUUGUACGAGCGUUGACCUCGUUUAAGAACCUGGUGGCGUGGAGGCUGAUACGCAUCAACGUGGCCUGUGUGUGUGUGCUGAGCCGCAAGUCAUGGCGGCAGUGAAGACUUUCCAUGCACCGAACACACUCACACACGAUCACACACUCAGUCAAUACAGUACAAACACAGACACACUCAUCACCAAAGACUUCUCACCCUCUGCACAAAGUAAAUUAUUGGUAUAUGUCAAAGUAUCAGGACUGCAUGUAUAUAUACACACCAGCCCUGGGUCAAAGAGUAUCUGUUUAUAGCUGUUGUUUUUACCUGUUUAAGAGUACCAGACAUUAAGCUGUUGCUGCUGUGUCACUGAGCAUCGCACCAUCUUAGCUGCGGUUUAUAACCGGCUCCGUUUGCAGAGGUUUAAAAGGCACAAGGCCCGUAUUUAUCAAACUUCUAAGAAUUACACUUAAAGGGGAUCCGAUUUUACACAUCAAAGUCUGUUUUCAGUAGCCUACGACUGGGCAACCUCCGGGUCUGAAAAGUGAAGCCAAUGCUGAAGUGCCUUAAACUUUCAUUCUUUCUAAUAGCCA